AUUGCAUCUCUGCUCCGGCCGGAUCACACGCCCGUCAAUCCAACACUAACUCCCUGCUAUGGCUAACCUACACUACAAAGUUCUCAAUCCUUUUGAACUUGUCGAGCUAUUUUACCGCGUCGUCUUUCGCCUACCAUGUCCGACUCCGAUGGCGAAUAUGUAGGUGGCGACCUCUCAGACGAUGACCUCCUCGAUCACCAAGUCAGCGACGGCGGCCGCGGUGGCAAAGAUGGCGCCAAUACACGGUCGGGCAAAUCACAAGGCGGGCGAAAGCAGCGCAGAGACCGGAAAAAAGCCGGGCGUUCCAUGGCCUGGGAAGCCGUGAAGCGGAGCUGGGAGGAGGUCGUAGAGGGCGAUGAUGGUAGCCUGACGGUUGGCGAACGUCUCGAGGCUGAGAAGCGGCGGCGGUUGCUGCGAGAUACGACGCCUCUUCAACGCGGCAUCAUAAGACACCUCAUGCUUGUUCUGGACAUGUCCUUCGCCAUGGCCGAGAAGGACCUGAUGCCCACGCGGCAUCGCCUGACUUGGAAGCUUGCGCGCGAGUUUGUGAGGGCAUACUUUGAGCAGAAUCCGAUUUCACAAAUGGGGAUUAUUGGUAUGCGGGAUGGUAUUGCCGUGCGGAUCAGCGAUAUGAGCGGGAACCCGACCGAGCACCUGGAACACCUCAAGAAAUGGGAGGAUCUGGAACCGCAAGGGAACCCAAGCUUGCAAAACGCCUUGGAGAUGUGUCGCGGAGCUCUCUUCCAUGCUCCAUCCCACGGCACGCGUGAAGUCCUCUUCAUCUAUGGUGCCCUCCUCUCAAGCGAUCCUGGCGACAUCCGCGAUACAAUAUCCAAUCUGAUUGUAGAUCGUGUCCGAGUCACGAUUGUUGGCCUUGCUGCACAAGUCGCUAUCUGCGAAGAGAUCUGCUCCAAGACGAAUGCGGGUGACGAGACCCAAUAUAAUGUGGCUAUAGACGAAGUUCAUUUCCGCGAGUUGUUCCUCCGUACGACGACGCCACCUGUCACCCGCACGCAGGCCCAAAGUACCGCUUCACUGCUGAUGAUGGGCUUUCCUUCUCGCACCCUUGCGCCGACCGAUACUAUAGUAUACUGCGCUUGCCAUAAUCUGCCCACCCGCGAAGGGUACUCGUGCACUCGCUGCCUCACCCGCGUCUGCCGCCUGCCGGCUGAAUGCCCCGGUUGUGGUCUGACGCUUAUUCUAUCCACACACCUGGCCCGAUCAUAUCACCAUCUCUUCCCACUACGCAACUGGGUAGAGGUGCCGUGGACGAAAGCACGAAAGUCCAAGGCUUGCUACUCCUGUCUAGCGCCAUUCCCAGAUCCACCAAAACGAAAGAAAGAUAAAGAUAAAGACCGAGAAGAUGAAACGGAAAGACGCCGGGCGGGGGAGAAGGAGGCAAGUGGUAGGAGAGGGGAAGAGGAGGUAGAAGGGAAGGGCAAGACGCAACCGAAAACCACAGAGCUACCGGGUGUUAGCGAAAGCGGGCGGUAUGCAUGCGAAGUAUGUGGCAACCACUUCUGCAUCGACUGCGACGUAUUUGCCCACGAGGUGAUACAUAACUGUCCCGGGUGUCAAAGUGAUACCAGGGGCCAGCAAGGCGAGGCACAGGCCGAGGGUAACGGCACGGCUGGGACGAAUGGGCACCAUAUGAAUGGCGCGAUGGAGGUAGACACGUGAGGGAACCCCAUUUUUGAGGAUUUCUAUGUGGUGGGAUUUGGACAUCAAUCACGAAGGAUGGAUUGAUCGAUCCGGCUCGAGAGCGGGAAAGCAUUUUACGCGACGAACGAGCGUAUUCAUGAGCUCGCUCUUCAUUCGCGACGGCGUCAUCAUUCAGGGGCGGCGAAUUUUUCUCUUGCCUCUUACUACACGUACAAAAGCAGCAAAUAGGGGGGAACGAGGUGGACGGGACAGGUCAAAUUUUGGCUACCAACCCAGAGCCCCCCCUGAUGCAUCUAGUAUACCUGUAGCAAUUAUUACGACACGACAUGCCAAGAUAUUUUUGCCCUUCUAUCGGAGAAGGAAAUUCCACUAUCACAGC